AGCGGGAGGAGGAGCCGCCGAGCCCCGCCGCCGGUGCCGGAACCGCUGCCGCUGCCGGAGCCAUGCGGCCCUGGGCGCUGGCGCUGCUGCUGGUCGCGUUCCGGAGCGGCGGGACCCGGCCCUCGGCCCCGGCCCGCAACGUCCUGCUCCUGCUGGCAGAUGACGGUGGCUUCGAGAGCGGCGCCUACAACAACUCUGCCAUCCGGACACCCAACCUGGACGCGCUGGCCCGGCGCAGUGUGGUUUUCCAGAACGCCUUCACCUCGGUCAGCAGCUGCUCCCCGAGCCGGGCCAGCAUCCUCACCGGCUUGCCCCAGCACCAGAAUGGGAUGUACGGGCUGCACCAGGAUGCGCACCACUUCAACUCCUUCGAUAGCGUGCGCAGCCUGCCCCAGCUGCUCAGCCAAGCACGCAUCCGGACAGGCAUAAUUGGGAAGAAGCACGUUGGGCCUGGGGCCAUCUAUCCCUUCGACUUCGCCUACACGGAGGAGAACAGCUCGGUCUUGCAGGUCGGGAGGAACAUCACCCGAAUCAAAGCGCUCGUCCGGAGGUUCCUGCAGAGCCAGGAUGAGAGGCCUUUCUUCCUCUACGUCGCCUUCCACGACCCACACCGCUGCGGGCACUCCCAGCCCCAGUACGGGCCCUUCUGUGAGAAGUUCGGCAAUGGAGAGAGCGGCAUGGGCCGGAUUCCCGACUGGAAGCCACAGCUCUACCACCCGGAGCAAGUGCAGGUCCCGCACUUCGUUCCGGACACGCCGGCUGCCCGGGCGGACCUGGCAGCCCAGUACACAACCAUCGGGCGCAUGGACCAAGGGAUCGGGCUGGUCCUGGAGGAGCUGCGCCGAGCGGGCUUCCACAACAGCACGCUGGUGAUCUACACCUCCGACAACGGCAUCCCCUUCCCCGGCGGCAGGACCAACCUCUACCGGUCGGGCACAGCUGAGCCCCUCUUGCUCUCCUCCCCGGAGCACAGGGAGCGCUGGGGGCAGGUCAGCCAGGCCUUUGCCAGCCUCCUGGAUCUGACGCCGACCAUUCUGGACUGGUUCUCCAUCCCCUACCCUUCUUACAGCAUCUUUGGCACGAGGCGGGUACAUCUCACUGGGAAGUCUCUCCUGCCAGCGCUGGAGUCGGAGCAGCCCUGGGACACCACCUUCAGCAGCCAGAGCCACCACGAGGUGACCAUGUACUACCCCAUGCGAGCCAUCCAGCACCAACAGUUCCGCCUCGUUCACAACCUCAACUACAGGAUGCCCUUUCCCAUCGACCAGGACUUCUACGUCUCACCCACUUUCCAAGACCUGCUCAACCGCACCAGGGCCGGGCAGCAGACCCACUGGACCAAGACCCUGCACCAGUACUACUACAGAGACCGCUGGGAGCUCUUUGACUGCAGCAUUGACCCCACAGAGAGCCAGAACCUGGCCCUGGACCCCCGCUAUGCUCCCAUCUUCCAGCUGCUCCGCGCGCAGCUCCUGAAGUGGCAGUGGGACACGGGGGACCCCUGGGUGUGUGCUCCUGAUGCUGUCCUGGAGGAGAAGCUGAGUCCCCAGUGCCGGCCGCUGCACAACGAGCUGUGAGCAUCCCCGCUGCCAUGGGACAGCUGUGAGCAGGGUCCUGGCUGGGCCGGUCCCACAUCCCUGGGGGACACCUCUGCUCUGUAUCACAAACACUGCCUGGCCCUGGAGCAUUCAGGGAUCUUUGAAUCUCACUCCUAUGAAGCCAUAGGGA